AUAAUGGACAUCUUUGAUGUUUCUGAACAAUACGACAACUGAAUAUUUUAAACGAAGCUCGAAAUUUUUGACUCAAGUUACUAGUUAAUUAAGUCGAUAAAAAUAUUUAAUUUUUGGAUAACAUCGUCUACCUCUCUAAAAUUUCUUGUAAUUAUACUUUUAUUCUCUUUAUAGAACGUUCUUUCUCUUCCAAAUCGGAAAUCUGUUUAAACUUCCGAUUCAGAUGAAUAUACAAUUACUUUAAUGUUGUCAGUAAUUUAGAUGAAACAAUGACUAACUACGUCGGAAGUAUAACGAUAUUAGACCGUGGAGACGGUGCUGCUCAAGCAGUCCUUGAUAGGAACGCAAGAUCUCUCGCUAAACGUAUUGCGGAUGAAACUAGAGAUGAACUACAUCAAGUACUCAAUAGAGUUGACAAGAUUUAUGGAAAUUUCGAGCUAGGAGAGCAGCUAAUUACUGCUAGUCAACCAACAAAUACAGAAUACUUAAAUGAUGUAUCCGAGCUGGAAGAGUUACUGAAAGAUCAAGUGAAAAAGAAAAAGUAUCAGCAGCAAAUCACUAUAUUUAUAGUUGGUUAUGAGAAUGUAUGCGGCCAAAAGUUACGUCUACUGCAACAAGUUAACGAUUUUUUCAUGGAAAAUGCUCACCAUAUAGACGACGAUGAUCAGGCGGCCAUCUCAUCACCCGAUCUUGAAAUGGACGACGUUGCCGAAGCAAUUGAUGAAUCACUGCAAAAGGCAAAAGAAUUGGCUCAAAGAUUAGCCGAAUUAAAUAAGGAAAUGGUUGAACAUAUGUAUCAAUACGCCCAGGCCAAAGCCAGUAAUAAUCCAGCACAAUUACAAAUGUGGCAAGAAGCCAGGGGAAAGAAAAGCUUGGAGAAAAAAUUGGAAAAGACUAAAGAUGAUCUAGCCGCUCUAAGUGAGAAAUUACAACAAGCUAUGAACGAAAUUGAAACUAAAGAAGACAAAAUUCAACAGUUGUACAAACAAGUUGAAUUAAAAAAUAUGGAAGCUCAACGUUUUAAAGCCGCUGCUGAAGUUGGAAAGAAAAAUACUUCGGAGAAUGAAGGGCUCAGAGAUGAAAUUGAAAGGAAAAAUCAAUUAAUCAAAGAUAUGAAACUUCAGCUAGGGAAAAUGGAGGUGGAUUACGGAGAGCAAAAGAUUCAAAAGGAGCAAAAUCAACAACGACUGGCAGCUGCUAGUGAUGAAAGUCAAAGAAAAUUGGAACAACUCCAAAAUGCUUUAAAUGAUAACCAAAUGUACGAGCACCAAGCAAAAUUAGGUAAAAAGAUGAUAGAUAAUUUAUACAAUACCGAUGUUUAUUCAAUUUGA